GUACAAACAUUACCCAAAAUUCAAGCAUGAUUGUUCCAAAUUCAGAAGUUGCUUCUGCUUACUCUCAUCUUUUUGGCUGUGAAGGUUGCACGGAUAAUCAGGUGUAUUCAAAUAACAUGCAUGAUAAAACUGAGGCCACAACUUUUACAGAACCCGUGGAUGAUGUUUCAUGCUCUUUGGAUGUGUCACAAGUGGAUAUUACAGUUGCUUUUGAAAAUAUAUGUAGUAUCCCCAUGGAUGAAAAGUCAGCUGUGGAGUCUGUUUUUAAUCCAGUUCCUGACAAGAUAGUUAUUCAUGAGAGCAUGAAAGGAGUUCCCAAAGACAGUGAUGUCACAGAUGUGUCAGACAUAAAAGCAGAGGAUGAAGUAGAUUUCCAGCGUUCUGUACCAAAGAUGGUUGGAUCCACUGAAUUUGAAACACUGAUUAACCGAGGAGACUUCUGUUCAAUUGAAUCCUACCCAGAUCAACAAUUGCUGGACCCAAAGCACAGUUCACACCAUACAGAAUGCAAAUCCUCAUUAGAAGAUGGAUUGACUACAGAGAGCACUCCAUCACUUGGAGCAUCUCACAACCAAAGAAGAUAUGGAAGUGACUCCGAACUUUUUCCUGUCCCUUGCCAUGAGGAGGUGGAUGAAAGCAUCUUUGUAAAGGCUGAAGAGGAGCCAUCAGCAGGAGAAGGUGCCAGUUCUAGUUCAUCCACAGAUGAUUCUAUAUCCUUUGAGGUAAGUUCCUUCCAUGGCAGCAGCACAUCCCUCCCGUUGUCUCAAGAUGCAAAAAAAGAAGACAACAGCCAGAACUCACCUAGUAGUUGUGAGGCAGGAAGAGUGGUGCAAAGUAAUGGUGGCCCAGCAAUAUGUGAAACAGAAGAAGAAAAAGACAGCAUUACUGAUGUCCCCCUGCGUUCAUCCAUUUUGCAAGCAUCCAUUCGCUCUAUUUCCCCAUUCAGAAGGCACAGCUGGGGUCCUGGGAAAAACGCAGGGAAUGCAGCUGAAGUUAGUCAAGGAAGUUCUGUGAGAAGUCUAGGGGAUGUUGUAAGGAGGCCUCCAACGCACAGGAGAAGUAACAGCUGGUGUCCUUCUAACCUACCGCGCACUUCCUCAGAUGCAGAAUUUAAGUACAGAAGUUAUAGCCUGGAGGGCCUAGCUGGGACAGAUGACAAUAAGCUUUGUUCCACAUCAGCGACAGUCUCUGUCAGCUCUGGUGAUCUCCAGGAAGAUCUAACAGUGCCUGGUGAAGACAGUGGUUCCUUCAUUUCGCUGACAGAGGAGGAUAUGCCAUUUGAGAAGGAUGACAAUGCCUUUGAACAUCCGGGCUUCCAAAGGUCAUUUAGUCACUCACUACCUUCCAUAACCCUACAUAACAAAUCUAUGACACAGAUAACUAGCCAGCCAGGAGAAGAAUGUAUGACAUCCUCCAUCACCAGCAGUGGUUACUUGAGUCAAGGCUCAUUAGAAGAUGGCUCAGGCUUUGCCAGAAAAGAUCAAGAUGGAAAAGGCGGUAAUAAAGUGGGUCGUACUUUUAGUUAUCUCAGGAACAAGAUGACAAGUAGCAAGAAAAGCAAAGAGGAGGAGGAAGAAAAAGACAAGGAAAAGACAAAGGAAAAAGAUAAGGAUUCUAAAGAAAAAGACAAGAAAGGAAUAAAUGGCCAUGCAUUUAGUGCCAUGCCUCUUAUGUAUGCAGAAUCAUGCCAGCACUGCAGUAAACCUUUAUCUGCCAAGGAAACAGUAUACAGCUGUACAAAUUGCAAAGUCCUUGUCCACAAAUGCUGCAGAGAAAAAUUUAUGCCUUGUGCAGAGUUCAAAAUGAAGCAACCAAAGGGUGUCCCAUCGAAUGAUACAUCUUCUCUACCUGUUGUCAACAUGAGAAAUAAGGGGUCUCAGCCAAGAGAGCGUCCUCGGUCUGCUAUUUAUGCUGUUGAUGAAACUGCCUUCUCAACUUUGCCUCAUAGCAGACGAUCAGUUACACACGUCUCACUGUCAAAGAGUGUCUCAAUACAGAACAUCCCAGGGGCUGGUAUGGAGGAGUCGUUGCAACAUAGCUGGAAGUAUCUGUCUCAGUCUAUAGAUUCUCUUCAUAAAAUCCAUAGUGCUGUAGAAUCUGUAGAUUCCUUCUCUGAUGAAGGAACUGAUGUAAAUGAAGGGCAGCUUAUGGGUGAAUUUGACAUGGACUCCAAGGAACUGGAGGCUGAAUCUUGGAGUCAGGCAGUGGAUGGCAAAUUUGUCCGUCAACAAAAAAAAGAAGUGGUUAAACGGCAAGAUGUCAUUUAUGAGCUGAUUCAGACAGAAAUGCACUAUGUCCGCACCUUGAAGAUCAUGUCAGAUGUCUACAGUAAAGGAAUGAUCAACGAGGUACAUCUUGAAGCUCAGACAGUGGAUAAGAUCUUUCCUUGCUUGGAGACUCUCCUUGACAUGCAUGCCCAGUUCUUUGCACGACUUAUGGAAAGGAAGAAAGAAUCUGCAGUGAGCAACAAUAAGAACUUUCUCAUAAAGAAAAUUGGGGACAUCUUGUUGAAUCAGUUUUCUGGAGCUAGUGCAGAAGAAAUGAAGAAAACGUAUGGGAAGUUCUGCGGGCACCAUAAUGAAGCUGUGAACCAUUUCAAGGAGCUGUACGCAAAAGAGAAGAAUCUGCAGGCCUUUAUAAGGAGAAAAAUGAGUAGCACACUUGUACGGAGAAUGGGAAUCCAGGAGUGUAUUUUAACGGUAACACAGCGAAUCACAAAAUACCCUGUUUUGUUACAGCGAAUACUGCAGUAUACCAAAGAAAAUGAAGAGGACUAUGAAGCCCUGACCAAAGCACUAAGUUUGCUAAAGGAGGUGAUAGCAGCUGUGGACAGCAAAGUAAAUGAAUAUGAAAAGAAGAGCAGACUUAAUGAUAUAUAUUCCAAAACAGACAGUAAGACCAUUAUGAGAAUGAAAACUGGACAGAUGUUUGCCAGACAAGACCUGAUUCGGAGGAAGUUAAUCCAUGAUGGACCUCUUAUUUUGAAGAGUGCGACAGGAAGACUAAAAGAUGUCCUUGGGGUACUUUUGAGUGAUGUUUUAGUAUUCCUUCAAGAAAAGGAUCAGAAGUACGUUUUUGCAUCACUGGACCAUAAAGCAACUGUGAUGUCUUUGAAGAGGCUGAUUGUACGAGAAGUAGCACAUGAGGAAAAGGGCUUAUUCUUAAUAAGCGUAGGAGAUAAAAAUCCUGAGAUGGUAGAGGUCUACACAAACACCAAGGAAGAACGAAACAACUGGAUACAGCUUGUUCAGCAGACAAUGAGCACAAUUGGAAAAGAUGAAGAUGAAGGGAUCCCAAGUGAAUCUGAAGAAGACAGACGGUUGCUAGAAGCAAGAGCCAGGGAAAUGAGAGAUCAACUCCUUGAAAAAGAUAAAAAUAUCAUGGCUCUGCUGGAAGAAAAAGAAAAGAUUUUCCGUGAAUUGUCAGACAGUGGUGGACAGGAGUCACCUAUAGGGCGAAAGAGAGAUUCUAGAAAGAUUUUCAGGGCCACCACAGAGGAUACUCCUAAGGGAGAACCACUUAUGAAGCAGGCCUUUAAAGAAGUGGAGACUUUGCACUUCUUAGUGAGUAGGAACAUAGGAAGACCUCUUGGAACACAGCUCAUAAAUAAUGGAAACCAGGAUGAUAGUGUCGGUCCUGUCACCCUCCCCAGAAGAGCUGAGACAUUUGCAGGCUUUGAUAGUCAUCAGAUGCAUGCUUCAAAAAAUGAUGAUAAAGAUGGUAUGGAAGAGGUUCAGGAUCUUCGAAGAACAGAAUCUGAUGGAGUCUUAAAGAAGGGUGGAGCCAGUCAUGCAGUACAUCUUAAAAGGACUAAUGAGCAGUUCAUACAGAGUAUCUUACGAAUCCAUGAAGUACUGACUCGCUUGCAGGCUGCUGUCAUCCAGCAAGACUCAUUUGUUGCAGAACAGAAGCUGGUGAUGAAUGAGAAGUCCCUUGUAAGGCAGCCUUCAAGACCAAAUUCCUUGAUUGAGCAAGAAAAACAACGCAAUCUUGAAAAACAACGACAAGAGCUUGCCAACUUACAGAAGCAGCAGGCCCAACACCUGGAGGAAAAACAGAGGCGAGAAAAAGAACUGGAUGCCAGAGAGAAACAACUAAAAGAACUGGAGGUCCAACUGAAAGAACGUCAGGAGCAGUUAGAGAAAAGGGAGAAUGAUCUUAGUAAGGAGACUAAUGACCUUAAGGCAAAGAAAGAGGAGUACCAGCUUGACUUGGAACGUUUGAGAACAUCACAGAAGCUGCUUGAUCGAGAGCGGGAGCAACUGGAGAAAGAGAAACAAAGAAUAGCACAAGAAAAAGACUCUCAAAAUACUCAGGGCACAUGUCAGCACAAUAAAGUAACUCGUCUGUCCAGUGCUCCUCCUGAGGAUCUGUCAAAACGGUUGAGUAGUGGCAACUGCCAGGAAAAGGAGCAACCUGAUACAGAACUGUCAGUGUCCUCCAAAAAGAGUAGUUUCUACAAGUCGGACAGUAAACAGAAAAGGACUUUACUCCCUGCCUUUCACUUGCUUGGCACAGCAAACCACUCCAGCAAGACAGUGGAAAGUCAGAGUCAGCCUCCGCAUCAGGGGAAGGAGCUAAUAAAGUCAAAAGAUAAGAAGGGGAAGAAGAAGAAAAAAGACAAAGGACCCCGCUCCCCAACAUCAGAUGCCCCUGCUUCAGAACAGCCACCACCACCAGCAGCAGAUGGAGAAGAGAUCUAUUUCUGUUGACUUUUUUUGCUUCUGCCGGUGGAAGUUACAUGGACUAUUCCUCCCACAAGCAAAUUCUGAAUGGGUAGCUUGCAAGGGCUCAGGGCCCCAGCAUAUGCAAAUCCCACUCAUACUUCUACAAAGAAUAUGGCAUGCAGGGAAUGCUAAUGGACUUGUUUAAUUGUUCCCGAGUCUCAUUUCCUGCAUUUUGUGAUCAAGGAGAUGCACAGAUGCAGGGGAAUGAAAAUGUCUUGGUUUGUCAUUAAUCCCUUCCAUACAUUUGUCCAAAUGUUGCACUCCUCACUAUGCUGCAGGAUACAUCUGGAGUCUGUAAUGAAUGAAACCACGUGCACACAGUCUGUCGCAUUACAGGUUCUUUAGACAAAGAAAAAAGAAAAAUAUAUAUUUAGACUUUCAGAAUCAUUACUGUUUUUUUUUCUCAGUGGACAUGCUAAUAGGAGUGUAAACUUUCAUUUCAUUUAUAGCUUCUGUUCAUUAUGAUGCAUUUGUUAUACCAAACAGAUCCCUUGGCUGUAACGAAAAAGAUAUAUUGUGGUAAUCAGAUGUGUCCUGCUGUACAUAUUUCAGACAAUGUGGGAUACGAAGACCAUGCAUUUACUUGACUAUUUUCUCUUGAAUCUUACUGGGGCAGCUCAUUGUUGUCAUUGCCUGCCUAAAAGUGCAGUUCCAGAAAGUGCUGCUGAUUUGACAGUUGGGUAAUCAUUUCCUAGGGAUGCAGGCACUUACCACACUCCUUGAUGACCAUGCUAUAAGAAGCAUGCAACCACAGUGGCCCCAGCUGUCUAGAUUAGAAACAAGGAAUGGUGAAAUCUUCAGGGAUAAAAUCAGUGCAAAUAAGAUCAGAUGGUGCCUUUUUGAUAAAGUGUUAAGAGUGCUGGGUAAUGCAGAAGAACAGGACAUUGUUUCCAAAUGAUUACUGUAUUCACUUGGGUGGAAUUUAUUUAUGCUUUUGGAUACUCAUUCUGCCCCCUCCAUUCUGUAUUAUGUCUAAUAAAGCAUCAGGACUGACCUUUUAGUAACCUAGAUACAAUGAUAUAUUCAGUUUUUUCCAUGUCCACUGUUUGUCAGCAGGCACUGAUGAAUGAUGGGUGGGGGCUGAACAGUUGCUCAGAACAUAUUGUCUUGGGGAACUUUUUUAUGUUACUAAAACCACUGGCAGAGUUUCCUUUAUACUUUGUAAGUUUUACCUGUGACAAGGUCCAUUGAAUGCUGUAUCCCAGGUUAUGUGCACUGCAGUGUCAAUUAAAUAUAAGCUAACUUGAUUUGCUUUUGGGCCAUCCAUUGAGUUCCUCUAAAGCAAAAUGAAGGAUGUGUAGCUUUCAGUCUAAAAUCUGAUGUGUAGUUCCAAAGUGCCUAGGCUGUGCUGUCAAGGUAGGCAGUAUGCUUGCUUUAUGGCCAGCAGACCAGUUGCUCAUGAUUAAUACCCAUGUGCAUGUUCCUGAGCAUUCCUGCAAACUGAGGUAGUAGUAGUACAACAGAGAUAAAAUGUUUCUGCGUGGUAACUCUUGUGAUUUGUCACAGAGCUGCAGCUAGCUGACUUUAUCCCCCGAGCAGUUCCCAGAAUGCCUGUCAUCCCAAAGCAUAUGACGCACACAAAAAAAAGAGGUAAUCUGGUUAUAGUCAGACCCAUUCACCCAGUAACACUCACCACACGUUAGUUAAUUUGUGUAAACUGUGAUGCUGGUAUGGCAUUUCCACCUGGUCAGCGCACCCCCUCACAUAUCUUAAGAUUGCACCUGGGGGGACUACCCUCUUUGCCCCACCCUUGCUAUGAAUCAGUUGCUGGAAGAUAACUGUUUGAAAACCCAUUUAUAGAAAUGUGGCAAAUAGAUUUUAUUCUGUCCAAGGUCAAGUGUUAUCAAAGUCAUAUGUAUAUAAAGUGGAAAGUGGGUACGAAAAGAAAUAUUAAUUUCAGUAUGUGUGCUAGCACUUUGUAACUUAUUAGUUACUUGUUGAGGCAGUAUCUAUUAAAUGAAACACUGAAGUGCAUUAAGCUUAUGUCUUUUAACUGACCAAGUUAAAGGUCAGAUAGAGUAAAGAUGAAGGUAGCAUUCUUUUCCCAUAUACUCACAUUCUUCUGUAAUAAAAAUGUGCAGUAAUCCAUGCCUGACCAUAUGUCUCCCAUGUCCACCAUAGAUCUAGUUAGAAGUUAGGGUCUACUUAACUUUCAUUGACAAGUCAAUGGCUCAGUAGAUUGUAUGCCCAUCUUUUAAUGAUAGAAGAGUAGAAGAAAUGGGUUCAGCCGUCAUACUAAGAACUUGUAUUCUUCUGUCUUUGGUACUGUAGUGUGGUAGGAUGGGUAUAUAUUAUUUCUGAGAUGUCUCCUUUCAUAUGGCUCUUUAACCUGAAGUCAUAUCUACCUGUGGUAGGGAUAUUUCUGACAAAUAUUACGUUGCUGUGUAGCAUAGAAGGAUAAAGCCCUAAUCAUGACCCACAUGACCACAGUUUGAAUAGCAGCUUGAGCACUGGACUGGUUAGGCAAGGGAGGAUUGGAAUGAGUGACCUAUACUUGCUUACCCAUACUGGGUGAGAAAGAGGCAUUUUUUUAAGUUGGCUGAUCAUCAUUGUGAAAGUGGAGGUUUGCAUGUCACUGAAAACAAAUCAUCCCAGGGUCGUGACUGUAGUCCUCAUUAGAAUAUUGGUCGAAGCACACACAUGCAAAGAGAAGGGCUUAUGGGGCCAUGCAGUUAUUUGGCUGUUCACAUCAGCUAGUUAGCAUCUUAUUGGAAAUGCCCUUAUGCCAGGUAUUCCAGAAAGGGUAUAAGCCACCUCCAUGACUGCCACUUUUGUCUCCAUUAUGAGAAUACCUUGUAUGGGGGAGAAAAUUUUGUGUGUCAGUUGUCAUCAUGUGCAGGAAUUCAACAAAAAUGUUUACCGAACAUUGCACCCAGGUGGAAGUGCCAUGUAUAAUGCUUCCCAUCAUAACAUCCAUAUUAUAAUACAUAUUGUAUGUAAAUUGCUACCAGAACAUUUUUCUUUUGUAAUAAUAUACCUUCACCAGACUGCCUCAUUCCAUAAUUCAGAUUAUCCAAUUUUUGCUGUUAAUUACAUCAUUAUGCUUCAAGAUUAAGGUACCAUAUAAAAAACUUGCUGCUGUUCACAGAAUAAAUGUAAUAAUAAUUAUUGCUAUAGACUAAACCAUACACAGACUGUCUCCAAAAUUGUCCCAUGUUAAUACCUCAUAUUCAGUCUUAAAUUGGAAAAGUACAAUUCUUUAGCAUACAGCUGUCAUCCCCAGGUAACAAAAAAGUACCAGUCACUAAUCUGCUAGUGCUUGUUAGCUAAAAUCAAUUAUUCUUUCAAGUACUUCUCCACAAGAAAGAUGGGUGUUAUCUUUUGCACACAAAACAAAACUUUAUGGUAUAUCCAAAAAUUAUUUUACUGUGAAUAAAAGACAUGUCAGGGGCAAUUCAAAGUAUUUCCUCAUCAGUGUUCUUUCACACGUAAAUACAUUACAGAUGUUAAAUUGUGCUUGCACUUUUUCUGAACUGUGCCGCUGAGUCAUUCUACAGUAAAUCAGAGGUACCAACUGACCAUUUAGCUUAUAUAUAUAUAUACUCUACAUUAUUUCAUACUAAUAGUUUGUCUUUUCGACUUUUCCUGUUAGGGGUCACCACAGUGGAACUCUGGUGCACUAAUGAUUGGCAGCAGAUUUUUAUGGUGCCGAGUUGCCA